GGCUGGGACCUCCCUUUUGGGGGCUGUGCGCUGAUAGGGCCGGGUGAGGAUGCGGGGCUGGGACACCACAGGGUUUGAGGCCCAUAGGUGGGGCUGGACCCCCUGGGUACGGGUCUGCAUCCCCUGGGAUGGGGCUGUAGGGCCGGUGUGGGGUGCAGAGCUGCCCCCCCCAGCAGUGGGUUUGGCCCCCCCCCGGUGUUCGAGUUCAUCCCGUGCUGCCCCGUGCUGUCCCCGUGGCCACAAAGCCCCGUUGUGCCCGGUGCUGGCAGAGCUGUUCCCAGCAGGCGCUGUGCCCGGAGCUGGGACGUUGUGGGGGGGCCAUGGGGUCACCUCUGCUUGCACCCAGGUCACCCAUGGGCUCCGGUGCCGCUCACUGACUGGGUGUGAUGAUGGAGGAGCAAGAUGUGCAAUUCAUCACCGAGGAGAAGUUCGACUUCAGCAUCCUGUCCCCUUCUGACAGCCGUGAGGAUGAUGACGAUGAUGAGGAGCCCCCAGGGGGCACAAACGGGCGCUGGAGCCCCCUGAGUGGGGCCGGGCUGGAGGAGAUGGUGCGUGAGGCCACUCGCCUGGCAGCACAGCUGCAGCAAUGCCACCUGUCCCCGCUGCCCCCCGGCCCGGGAGGGGGCAGCCCCCGCAGCCCCCGCCGUGAGACCUUCGUGGUGAAGGACAGCCCUGUGAGGGCCUUGCUGCCCACCGUGCCUGCUGCCAGCGUCCCCAAGGAGUCCCCCCGCUGUCGCCCCCCGGCACCACCCAGGGGAGCCCCCAGCAGCAGGGGGACCCCGAGGCAGAGUUGUCCCCCCCGGCCGUGCCCAGCAAGGGGGGCUGUGGCGCGGGGCAGGUCUGAGCCCCUCCGUGCAGAGACAGCAGGUAAUGGAGGGGGGGCCGGGAAGCAGGACGGGCUCAGCCCACCCCACGGGGACCACAUUGGGAACGGGAACAAGGCCCGUGCUCCCCCAGCUCCGCCGUUUCUCCCAGCUCAGCCAAAGCUGAGGAGCAGCGCUGCCACCCCCCCGAGCCGCGCACCCCGUGCCAGGGCCACCACCGCUGCCAGCACGGCCCCCAGCAGCCGCCCCCCCCCACCCAGUGCCAUCCCCAAGCCCCCCGGCCGGGCUGGGACCGCAGCAGGUGGGAGGGGAGCCCCCCGGAGCAGCACAGCUGCACCCAGAGGUGCUCCCCUGGGGCUGGGGGCUGCUUCCAGGUGCAGACUUGGCCCCCCAGGCAGCCGCCUGCAGCCCCCCCGCAAGACGGCAGCCGGCGGCGCCCCACGCUGACAGCAUCACCCAGCUGGGGAAACUGAGUCACGGGGGAAGGGGGGCACGGUGAGACCCCCUCCCCCCCCACAAGGGAGGAGGCAGAGGCUCAGGUCGGGUUUUGCUUUAAUUACAAAAGGUCACACCAGCAGUAGGAAACCCCCCCCCUUUGCCCCCCCCCGCACCCGGGGGUCCCUCAGCCCCCCACCAUCCUGCACCCAGCAUUAUGGCACCGCCUGAGCCUUGCCUGGGGGGCGAACAACCCCACGGCAUCCGCACCCUCCAACUGCCCCCCCAGUGCCACAGCACAGCCGAGCAAGGGUGGCAGCCGUUUGCCCCCCCCGUCCCCCUCCUGGGGGGGCUGGCAAGCUGCGGGGGGGCCCUAUAACCUUUUUUUUUUUGUAUUUUCUCCCUUUUUUUUCCUUUUUUUUUUUCCUUUUUUUUUGUAUUUUUCACGUGUUUUUUAAAUAAAACCCUCCAUCGGGCA